UGCGUUAGUUUCAUUAUUCUCUGAGAACUGAGAAGCAAAUCGCAGCGGACGACGGUUCUCGGCGUGUAUAGGCGUCGCGGUUUACUUUCUGUUAACGAUCGGCUUCUCCUCGGUUACCUGAUCACUCCCUCUGUCUACUCUCUCUAUCUUCAAUCAUCAGUCCAUCGCUGUCAUCUCUCUUUCAAGCUUCUCUGAGUGCGAGUUGGUCAACAGCAGGAUACUGUAGCAAUACUGAACAAGAUGGAUCAUGAAAAUGGAUAUGGUGUGGAAGUCACUGGGCUAUCUCCAGCCGUUACUGAGAAAGAUCUCAUCGACUUCUUCUCCUUCUCUGGUGCAAUCCAACAUAUUGAUAUUGUCAGGUCGGGUGAGCAAGCGUGCACUGCGUAUGUGAUGUUCAAGGAUUCUUACUCUCAGGAAACUGCCGUCUUACUCAGUGGGGCAACCAUAUUGGAGCAGCGAGUUUGCAUAACUCGUUGGGGACAGCAUCACGAGGAGUUUGACUUCUGGAACGCCACUCAGCGGGGUUUUGUAGAUGACACAAACUCACAUCCUCAUCCCCAACGAGGCGAGUUCAACGCCGGAGAAGCAGUGACAAAAGCUCAAGAAGUGGUGAAGUCAAUGCUAGCCACCGGAUUCGUGCUGGGCAAAGACGCUUUAGCCAAAGCUAAAGGCUUUGACGAAUCCCACGGUGUAUCGGCUGCAGCAGCGGCUAGAGUAUCUCAACUAGACCAGAGGAUCGGUCUCACUGACAAAAUAUUUGCCGGAGUUGAAGCUGUCAGACUGACCGACCAGAAGUACCAGGUUUCAGACAAAGCAAAAUCAGCCGUCUCUGCUACAGGAAGAACCGCGGCAGCAGCUGCAACUAGUGUUGUCAAUAGCAGUUACUUCUCCAGCGGAGCUCUCUGGCUAUCGGGUGCGUUAGAGCGUGCGGCUAAGGCUGCAUCUGAUCUUGGUAGCCGUGGCUCAAGGCAGUGAUGUGAAUAGAUACGAACUGAUCAGAAUCAUAUACAUGCAUUUAUAAAAAAAACUCCCGACUUCGUACUUGUGUGCACCACCAUCCAAUAAUUAGUUUACCCAAUGACCCCUGAUUUGAUUUGUAUGCAAAAAUGUUAUAAGAAGGGUGAAUCUCCUGACUUCAGAAGCGAUCUACCUCAGAAGCAUAUAAUUGAUUUAUC